ACUUUUGCUGUCGUUUGAGGGUAACUCUUCCAGCUAAAUGCAAUUUGUGAUGAAAACAAAAUUACGAAUCAAUCAAAACAUAUUAAAAUUUGAGGCUCAGCUUGUUUUCCCAUCGAAAAUGGCGUAGAGUAUGAGUUCAUGAUGUCCAACAACAACAGCAAAAAAGGGGAGGAUGAGGCAAACACCACCCUGAAAAACCACACGAAAUCAAAAUUCACAACAUAAUAUUUACAGUAGCAAAUACCUGAUACAGAUACAGAUGCAGAUACGGAUACAGAUACUUCAACUGGCAUUCAAAUCAAGUAUCUUUCGUUGUAGUUGCAGUUGCGGAUGUAUCUGUGUCAACUUCAAUUACUUGCGCUGACUAAUCAGGGUCUGAUAAGGGUAAUAAACUGCCUGUUUACCUGAUCUGCUUUUCGGGAUGUCGAUGUGGAUGGGCUGGUCUGUGGCCAGAGCCUGGGCAACGCCUAUUAAACGCCUCGUUGCACCCAAAUGGGAUUCGCAUUAGUUGAGAUACAUUCAACAACAAGGCAGUCAGAAAGAGACAGCUAUAGCACACUCGCAAAAUGGCCGCAAUUGGCUGAGCUGAGCUGAGUUGAGUGUGUGCAGCACGGCCUUAAAUAGCCAAGGAUGCGCACUGAUCGAAACAGUAGCACUUUAGCCUGCCACGCACAAGGAUCACACCAGGACAACAGCAGCAUGAGUGACUUUAGCAUCGAGUACAUUUUGAAUCGCGCCGGCGAUAGAUACGUGGGCACCAAUGCCUCCGCUGGCAUUGCGUUGAGAUUGCGAGGCAGCAUGGCCUAUCAUCCGUAUGCGCAUCAUUCGGGUCGCAAGGAGACAUCGCCUCCUCCGCCACCGUCGUCGUCGUCGCUGGAGGAUGGACAGAUGCCCAUGUACGAUUGGUUGCAGUACACACGCUAUCAUCCUCCCAAGUUGCCACGAGCACUGCGUCAAGGACCUGCGAAGCGUACUCCUGGUCGCCUGCCUCGCAUUCCCUUUACACCAGCUCAAUUGCAGGCUCUGGAGAAUGCCUACAAGGAGUCGAACUAUUUGAGUGCCGAGGGUGCCAAUAGAUUGGCUGAAUCCCUCGACUUGACCAACACCAGAGUGAAGAUCUGGUUCCAAAAUCGCAGAGCACGUGAACGACGCGAGAAGCGUGAAAAGGACGAAAGCUGUGACUCCACCUUCUCAUCGAAUGCCUCCAGUCCAGAGCCAGAAAUGAUUGUCAUUGUGUGAAAUCUAAAAAACUGGAAGAGGAUUAGUUUAAAGCAUAUUUGGCUGUUACUGCGUAACUUGUGAUUGUUUGGAUUGUAGUUGAUGUUAAGACCAUGUAAAUAAUGUAGUA